AUGUGUUGUGGCAGCUCCAUCUCGUGGUGGCGGCGCGGGUCGGGCGUGGCGGUGGGCGGCGCGGGCCGCGUGAGCGCGCGCGGCCCCGAGCUGCGCCUGGCGCCGGCACUGGCGCCCGACGCCGGCGUCUACGCCUGCGCCGUGGCGGCGCCCGCGGGCCCUGCCGCUCGCCGCGACAUCGACAUACAAGUCCGCAACCCUCCGAAAAUUUCUCCAUUUAUUUUUUCAUCGGAACUCACUGAGGGUAGUUCAGUGCAGGUGCUGUGCGGCGUGUCGUCCGGGGACAAGCCCAUGUACUUCACAUGGCUUAAGGACGGUGCUCCUCUACCGCCGAACCUACAGAUAGAAGAAAAGAGUCUGAAUGAGUUCUCUCUACUGAUGUUCUCGGAUCUGACGGCACGACACAGUGGCGAGUACACGUGUCGCGUGUCCAACCACGCCGCCACCGUCAACUACACCGCGCAGCUCAGCGUCAAGGGUGAGUGUGCCCCCGCCUCCUGCGCACUGCGCCCGGCAGCCGUGGUGACCGUUGCUUUGCUCGCUGCAGUGGCUCCGGCGUGGGCCACGGAGCCCCUGGACGCGGCCGUGCUGCUGGGCGCGCCGCUGCAGCUCGAGUGCGCCGCCCGCGGACAUCCCGCGCCCGCUGUCACGUGGUACCGCCGUAUGGGCGAGGGCGCUUCGCUAGGCGGUGACAGUGGAGAGCAGUGGGAACCGGUGGGGGCAGGUGAAUGGGGAGUAGACGGAGUGCGGGCGCGCAACGGUUCGCUCGCAGCCAGCGCGGCGGCGCGCGCGCACCAGGGCCUGUACCGCUGCGUGGCCGACAACGGAGUGGGGCCGCCGCUGCUCAAGCACGUCAACAUUACUGUGCACGAGCCGGCGCACCUGGAGGGCGCGGGCGGCAACGCGUCGUGCGUGCGCGGCCAGCCCGCGGCGCUGGCGUGCGUGGCGCGAGGCGACGCGCCGCUGCACGUGCACUGGACGCACCGCGGCGCGCGCCUCGACACUGCCUCCUACCGGUGCGCAUACACUUCUCUACACAAUUUACUAUCUUGUAGACAAUUCAUACAAACGUACUCAUACGUGCUAGGCUUUCUUUAA